AUGCCGUUCGCACAGCUCGUCAUCGGACCUCCAGGGUCGGGCAAGUCCACCUACUGCAAUGGCAUGCAUCAGUUCAUGUCCGCCAUCGGCCGGAAAUGCUCCGUCGUGAACCUCGACCCGGCCAACGACCAGACCUCGUAUCCAUGCGCGCUGGAUGUCCGCGACCUCGUCACGCUGGAGGAGAUCAUGGCAGAAGAUACCCUCGGUCCGAACGGGGGUGUGCUGUAUGCGCUGGAGGAGCUGGAGAAUAACUUCGAGUGGUUGCGAGAUGGGCUGAAAGAGCUCGGAGGUAAUGAGCGUUGUUAUAUGGUAUUAAAUUUUGAUAAGGAUGUUGAUAAUUUGACUGUCAUCCACCUGGUCGACUCUUACAACCUGACGCUUCCCUCCAUGUACAUUUCCGCACUCCUGCUCUCGCUGCGAGCCAUGCUCCAGAUGGACCUCCCGCAUAUAAAUGUCCUCACGAAGAUCGACAACCUGGCGAAUUACGCCCCUCUACCGUUCAACCUUGACUUCUACACCGAGGUCCAUGAUCUCAACUACCUACUGCCGCACCUGGAAGCAGAGACGUCGCGGCUGUCGCACGAAAAGUUCGGAGCGCUCAACAGCGCCAUAAUCCAGCUUGUGCAGGAGUUCGGGCUGGUCGCAUUCGAGACGCUAGCUGUGGAGGACAAGAAGAGCAUGAUGCAUCUACUGCAAGUGAUCGACCGCGCCAGCGGCUACGCGUUCGGGCCGGCUGAAGGCGCGAACGACACCAUCUGGCAGGUCGCCAUGCGGGAAGGAUGGGGCGAUUUGACCAUCCAAGACGUUCAGGAGCGGUGGAUAGACGCGAGGGAAGAAUACGAUGAAAUGGAGAGGAAGCAACUCGAAGAGGAAGCCAAAGCUCGACAGGCGGCAGGAGCCCAUGCCUCCGAGAAGACAGGAGACGAUGACGACGAUGAUCUAGAAGAUUUCAGAGGACCACUACCAAACAGUGGCGUAAAGGUUGUACGAAAGUCAUGA